CGCAUUCGGCUUUCGUCCGCUUGCUUUGGCUCCUCCUAUCGGCCCUGCCCGCGUGCUAUAUUAUACGCCGUCCGUCGCCGCUGCAAGGAGCCUCUGAUUUCGUUUCAUGUAAUCGCUUUCUUCCUCCGCAAGGCGCCCGAGCCCGUGACCUCCUUUUCUAGGUCCUCCCUCGCCGAUUCCUGGCCCUCGUUUCUGUUCUGCUGCUAUCUUGGUAUGCAUGCAUUCUUUUCGAGCUUAAUCCAGCGUAACAGCAAUCCCCACCUUUCAAAUUGUGUUCCAUUUCUUCCACAGCAUGCCCAAAUUUGGGACCUUUCUAUUAGUUGCCCGAAUUUAGUAUCCCAGAAGCACCCAUUUCCAGAAACAUUCCUCAGAUUUCUCUAUCUCUCUCUCUCAUACACGCAGAACUCAUCCAUUACCAGAGCCCACUGCUCGCAUCCAAAUUCAGCCUCAGCCAUGAAGUUUGCCAAGAAGUACGAGACGUACAUGAGGGGAAUGGAGGCGGAGCUCCCGGGCGUGGGGCUGAAACGGCUCAAGAAGAUGCUCAAGAAAUGCCGCUCCGAGCUCCGUUCGCACGUGGGAACCGGCUCCUCCUCCGCCUGCGCCGACGCCGUCGGCCGGUGCCCCGGGCGUUGCUCUGUAUGUGAUGGGAGUUUCUUUCCAUGUCUUCUGAAUGAGAUGUCAGCUGUCGUCGGCUGCUUCAACGAGAAAGCCAAGAAGCUGCUUGAAUUGCACUUGGCAUCAGGCUUCAAGAAAUACACCAUGUGGUUCACCAACAAGCGUGACAAGAGCCAUGGGACAUUGAUAAAGCAAGGCAAAGACUUGGUUACGUAUGCAAUUAUAAAUGCCGUGGCCAUGAGGAAAAUUUUAAAGAAGUAUGAUAAGAUACAUUACUCGAAGCAAGGGCAGGAGUUCAAAGCUCAAGCUCAGAGCCUGCACAUCGAGAUACUUCAAUCCCCAUGGCUCUGUGAGCUGAUGGCAUUCUACAUGAACUUGAGAAGGAGCAAGAAGAACAAGGCUGCAAUGGAGCUCUUUGGCGACUGUUCCCUCGUAUUCGAUGGUGACAGGCCAACGCUCUCAUGCAACCUCUUUGACUCAAUGCGUGUUGAUAUUAGCUUGACAUGUUCCAUUUGCUUGGAUACAGUGUUUGAUCCAGUCUCUCUUUCCUGUGGUCACAUAUUUUGCUUCUUGUGUUGCUGUUCUGCCGCGUCUGUGACGAUUGUUGACGGGCUGAAGUCUGCUGAUUACAAAUCAAAAUGUCCUCUAUGUCGACAGGAAGGGGUCUUUCCUGAUACUGUACACCUAGAUGAGCUCAACAUGCUGCUAAGCCAUAGUUGUCCAGAGUAUUGGGAGAAGAGAAUGCAAUCGGAGCGAGUUGAACGCGUCCGCCUGGCUAAGGAGCAUUGGGAGUCUCAGUGCAGAGCAUUCUUGGGCAUCUAAGUAACGAGUCUAGUGAUGGACAGUAAAUUCGAUUUGUUUGUAAAGAUUGUUGCUGGUUAGAUCUCGCUUUGUCACAACUCGUUGUGUAAGAAAGUUUGGGAUAUAUCCUGUGUUGACAUUAAUUUACCAGUAAGAGGGUCACUUCUGUGCCCCUAGCUAGCUGCAGAAAGAGAGGCAAAGUAAUGGUUGUUCAAGUGCAGAAUUGCAAAUGCAUUUAUAUGUGACCCUCUCGAUUCAGCUUUGUGAUUUUAGCCUGAAGUCUGAAGUUGC